UGAGCAGAUGAGGCAGAUAACAUUUGAUCCACACAUCUCUUCUCAGGUCUCAGGUCGUGACUCUGCUCUUCACACUGAGUAAUAAUCAAAUCUUUUUAGUUUUUGUGUAUAUUAUAAUAUGACUGUUGUGUCAGCAGUUUAUCUCGUCCAACUUGUUGCUCCAUCGGCAGAAAAAAUGAGUGAUUAUCAGUAACUGUAUUGAUCAGCAUCCGUAACGAUGAGUCAUUAGCCUUUUUUCCACUCGAUAAAAGGUGAUCGUGAGCCGAUUAAGAGUCCAAGAGGACAAACAGUCAGUUUGUGAAUUUAACAGGUGAGGCAGAAAAGAGACAGAGUAGCUGUCGGCAGCAGGCAAACUCAAACAGCUGCCAGUAUGAUUCGCAAACUGUCAUCUCUGGAGGUACUCCUCACCAUCGUGACAGCUCUUCUUCUGAUCUUAUGUGUCUCACUGAGUGUAGUGUCAUGGCUCAGCGUUCAGCCUGAAGAUCCGUUCGAGCCCACAGUGCUGAGUGGUCAGAUGGAGAUCGUAGUUCCUUUCUCUCAAGAGCUGAAAAACUCCACCAGUCUGCAGUUUAAAUCGUUGGCCUUCGACAUUGAAAACCGGAUAUCGGAGGCAUACAGUCUCACCGAGCUGAGGCUUUUCUACAAGACCAGUCAGGUUUUAUACUUCAGUCAGGUUAGAAGCCAUGUGGCGGUGAACUUUGACCUCUGGUUCAACCAGCCAAUCGAUGCAGAGGAGGCGGAGCGGCAGCUGGUGGCGGGGAUUAAUGAGGCCGGUAACACGGGAUUGGUGAUCAGCACAUUCACUAUUCAGAUCACAGAGAAAAAAGACCAGACAACUGCUGCACCAACGACUGCCACAACUACAGCCCUAACGUGUAAGUCUUAUGAGAAGAAAUGCGCUGAUGGAUCAAAGUGUGUUUUGAGCCGCAAGUUGUGUGACGGAGUCGAUGACUGUCCUGAUGCUUCUGAUGAAGACGCUGCCACCUGUGCAACAUGCGAUGGACAGUUCGUGCUGACCGGUCCCAACGGCUCGUUCAGUUCAUCAGGCGCCUCAGAGAGCAGCAGCAGAAACUGUCGCUGGAUCAUUAGGGUCCACCAAGGACUUUCUGUUGAGAUCAACGUCCAGUUUGCAGCAGGCAACCAAGACAUUCUGAGAUUUUAUGAAGGGGUCGGAGAAGACAAAACCCUGACAGCUCAGAUCACCCCCACUGCACCUUCUUGGACUGUGUGGCUGCUGACCGACCAAUCAACUGCAGAAUUUAUAUAUGAUGACAUCAGCAUUCAGUCAGGGUUCAGCGCCACCUACAGGGCCGCUGACACCUCCAACCUCUCAGAUGAGCAGAAGGUGACAUGUAACUUUGAGCAGGGUAUGUGUUUCUGGAGGCAGACACAGGACGACGAUGGAGACUGGGAGCGAGUCAGGGGCUCCACGUUUCCUCCGCUGUCCGGCCCGAGCGCCGAUCACACGCUGGGCAACAGCUCAGGUUACUACAUCACCACACCUAUAAGUCCUGGGCAAUUCACAAAGAGUUACAGGAUCAACAGCCUCCCUCUUACUCCAACCACAGAGCCCAAGUGUCUGAGCUUCUGGUAUCACAUGUUUGGAGAGAACGUCCACCGUCUCAACGUCCUGCUGCUCCAGCCGUCUCCAUCAGCUGCCGGUAUCGUGGUGUUCCAGAAAGAUGGUAACUAUGGCGACAACUGGAACUACGGCCAGGUGACCCUCUACCUGACGACAGAGGUCAUGGUGGUGUUUGAAGCGCUGAAGAAACGAGGUCUGAUUAUGGAUGACAUUGCUCUGGACGACAUCGCACUGACUUCUGGUCCAUGUGGCCCCGCUCCCCCUGAACCAACCAAUGUACUGCCUCCACCACUCAUACCAGCUGACUGUGGAGGACCCUUUAACCUCUGGGAGCCAAACUCCACCUUCAGCUCCCCAAAUUACCCACAUUCCUAUGGGGACGAGUCUAAAUGUCUGUGGACUCUUCAUGCCGAUGAGGGUCAGAACAUCCAGCUCCACUUCAUGGACUUUGACAUUGAAACGGCCUAUGACGUCGUAGAGGUGCGGGAUGGGGCGGAGGCAAAUUCUCCCUUACUGGCUGUCCUCACUGGUAGUGAAGGCACCGCCCAAGAUAUAUUCUCAACAACCAAUAAGAUGGCGGUCUGGUUCUUUACGGAUGACUCCCAGUAUGGCCGAGGGUUCAAAGCCAACUUCACCACCGGGGUCAACCUGGGUGUACCAGCUCCAUGUGCUGACAGUCAGUUCCAGUGCCAGACGGGAAGUUGUAUCUAUGGUGACGGGUAUUGUAAUGGUGUGGUCGACUGUCCCGACGCCUCUGAUGAAGCUGACUGUGUCAUGUUGCAGGGGAAUAAUUCCAGUCAUCUCCAGAUCCAAAUUGAUUCCUCUCCACACACCGUAUGCGCUGACAACUGGAACUCACAGCUGUCUCUCUCCACCUGUCAGUACCUGGGCUACAGGUUCGGUGAGGCCACGCUGCUGCCAGCUCAGCCCGAGGAUUCACCGUUUGCAACCAUCACAGUCACCAGCAACGGAACACUGGAAACCAUUGUCAGUGAAACCUGCAAGAGUGAGGAAGUGGUUUCUCUGAGCUGUGACAACCAGCCUUGUGGUGUUCGACAGGUCGCUAAUGUCAGAGGGGAGAUUGACCAAUCAGCAGAGAGCAUACCAGGUCAAGAUGAUGGCAGAGUGGUGGGCGGGCAUGAUGCUGUGAAGGGGGCGUGGCCGUGGACUGUGUCUCUACAGUUAAGGAUGACACAUAUGUGUGGAGGCUCACUGAUUGGCAGAGAUUGGGUCCUGACCGCGGCACACUGCGUCUACGGGAAGAACGUCCUCAGUUGGUGGUCAGUUGUUGCAGGUCUUCACUCUCAAAAUGAUGAAAACUCUGCGGACGUUCAGACCCGACAAGUCGAUCGCAUCAUCAUCAACAAGCACUACAACAGACUAACUAAACAGGCUGACAUUGCCUUGAUGCAUCUGGAGCAGCCGGUCAACUUCACCCAGACCGUCCAGCCUGUGUGUUUACCUCCUGAGGGUCAGGAAUACACAGCAGGAAGAAAAUGUUUCAUAGCUGGAUGGGGACGGCUCACUGAGCAGGGUUAUUUACCUGAUGUCCUCCAGGAGGCCGAGGUUCCGCUAGUGGCUCAGGAUAAGUGUCAGCAUUGGUUGCCUGAGUACAACAUCACCUCCAACAUGCUGUGUGCUGGAUACGCGGAGGGAGGGAUCGACUCCUGCCAGGGUGACUCUGGAGGUCCACUAAUGUGCCUGGACGAUGGAUACUGGACUGUCAUUGGUGUGACAUCAUUUGGGAUUGGCUGUGGGCGUCCUGAGAGACCUGGAGUCUACGCCCGAGUCUCAGCCUUCACGUCCUGGAUCGCUGAGGCCAGACGCUCCAACUCUUCCUCCCCCACCCCCCUCCUCUGAGUCCUUGACUGUAUAUUUGAUAAAUUAAUAUUAUUUUAACUGAUUAAGAUUAUGUUUAAAAGCUUCCCCACUCUGAUAUUGAGGUCUGGAACUCUCAAUGAGCAAUAGUGUUGUAUUUCUUCUUCUUCUUCUUCUUCUUCUUCUUCUUCUUCUUCUUCUUCUUCUUCUUCUUCUUCUUCUUCUUCUUCUUACUGCAGACUAACAACAGACUUUAUGUUUUGCUCCAUAGGACUUGAAUUAUAAGUCUCUUUCCUCGAUUCUGUGUAUCCGAACAAAUCCAUCCAUAUGAGCCACACCGAUUUGAGCCUGAAAAGCAUUUUUGUAAAUGUUUAUGUUCAAAUUUGUUUGCUACUCCUCCUGCAGAUUUUGAGCAAUCUGCAUCAAAAUCAGCGCAUAACAUAUGUGGACCAAUUUCAAAAUUAAAGUGCUUUUUUCUGAUUUUGUGAUAUUCCAUAUGGUUUUGAAUUAAACACUUUUAAAACUG